UCCAGCGGCGGUCCUGGCGCCUCGAUUCGAUCAGGUGACACGCAUUCUCGAGCUCGCCUUUAGCACUGCCGAUCGUCCAUGGGAAAUUCCACAUCCAUUGCGAGGAGGAGCAAGCGAUCUUGGAGCUCGCUCGCCAAUCCCUUCUCUCAAGCGCCUCCCGUGGAGAAAUCUCCAGUCCAGCGGCCGAUCGAGAAGAUCCUGAUCGCGAACAGGGGCGAGAUUGCGUGCCGGAUCAUCAAGACCGCGCGUAGCUUGGGAUUAAAAACGGUGGCGGUUUACAGUGAUGCCGAUCGAAACUCGCUACACGUCCGUCGAGCCGAUGAAGCAGUGUUUAUCGGCCGCUACUUGUCCACUACUUCCAUCCUCGACGCUGCUCGUCGCACUGGAGCCGAUGCAAUCCAUCCCGGGUAUGGAUUUCUAUCAGAAAAUUCGAAGUUUGCGCAGGCUUGCCACGAGUCUGGGAUCACAUUCAUUGGCCCUUCGGCAGCUGCGAUUAGCUUGAUGGGAGACAAAAGUGCCUCCAAAAAGCUUAUGAGCGGUGCUAAUGUUCCUGUUGUUCCUGGAUACCACGGGGAUGAUCAGAGCCACGAGCUGCUGCAAUCUGAGGCUGAUCGGAUUGGCUAUCCCGUUCUGAUCAAGCCUGUUCUUGGUGGCGGAGGAAAGGGCAUGAGGAUUGUCCACAGCAGAGACGAGUUUCUGGACAGUUUGAGAAGCGCUCUACGUGAGUCUGCUGCUGCGUUUGGCGACACCAGGGUCUUGAUUGAGAAGUAUAUCGCACAGCCUCGACACAUAGAAGUCCAGAUCUUUGGCGACCGCUUUGGUAACGUUGUUCAUUUGUUUGAACGGGACUGUAGCGUUCAGAGGCGCCACCAGAAAAUUAUAGAGGAAGCACCAGCGCCGCUCAUGUCAGACGACUUUCGCAACUCAAUAGGACAAGCAGCAGUCAAUGCGGCUAAGGCUGUGAAUUACGAAAAUGCUGGCACUGUCGAGUUUAUUGUCGACACUGCAACAGGAGAUUUUUUCUUCAUGGAGAUGAACACACGUUUGCAAGUUGAGCACCCUGUCACCGAAAUGGUGACGCGUCAAGACUUGGUGGAAUGGCAAAUUCGUGUCGCAAAUGGCGAAAGCCUUCCACUUGAGCAAAAGAGUAUACCGCUGCAAGGUCAUGCGUUUGAGGCUCGGGUCUAUGCUGAAAACGUUCCAAGAGGUUUUCUACCUGCUGCUGGAGUUCUUUACCAUUAUAAUCCACCUACCGCUUCAUCUACUGUGAGAAUUGAGACGGGUGUAGAGCAAAGUGAUGCUGUAAGCGUCCACUACGAUCCUAUGAUAGCCAAGCUGGUCGUAUGGGGUAGUGAUCGCGAUAUGGCGUUGGCGAAGCUGCAUAAUUGCCUCUCGAAUUUUCAGGUUGCUGGACUUCCAACUAACAUCCACUUUUUAAAAAAGCUUGCAAAACAUCCGGCUUUCAGGGCUGGGGACCUGGAAACACAGCUACUAGAUUUUUCCGAAAGAGCCAAGCGAGAUGUAAAAUCUUUCGCUGCUUUAGCGGCCGUGGGCGUAUGUGUAAGGGAGAGUUUUCGACGACCAGAAUCGAGAACUGGAGGCCCAUGGCAUACAACUUCUGGUUUUCGAGUCAACAAUCCUUAUACCAGGAAGAUCUCGUUAGACUGGAUGCCUGAGUCCGAGAGUCUCUCAUGCGAACCGAUGAGCUUAGAUGUCACUUAUUCAAGUGACAGCGAGUUCUUAGUAAAGUUUGCGGAAGAUUCAUCUUGUGUCAAACACAGCUAAAAGAGUUGCUAGUUCUGGCUGUGACAUAACUGUCGACAUCAAUGGCAUUUCCUCCACUAUAAGCUAUGGUUAUUAUCUGCAGAAAUCGGCUUAUCACAUUCACGUGUAGAAGGACGGCGAGCACCAUCACUUUACAACAGCGUUGCGGGAGGCCUAUGAUACAGAAAGCCAUUGUGAAACAUCUCAACGAUUAACAAGUGCUGGCAGUAGCAGCAAGCUCACACCGGGAGCCGUCGCUUCUCCCAUGGUUUUGAGCGUAGGCAGUCACCAUGGCAGUCCACGAGAUUUUAUCUUUCGUGGGCAUCCUCUUGAAGACUUCUUCCGCUUCUUCCACAUUUGCUGUACAUGUUGACGAGGCUAGUUCCAAGGACAACGACGUUC